CAUGGAUUCACAGUGUACCUUCUGCCGGCUGGAAUCGGAAACGCCAGAUGCCAAAUCUUCCACAGACAAAUCCAACAGAACGGAGGGCAAAUCGAGAGUUCCAUGUCCCCUUGUGUUACUCACGUUGUUGUUGAUGACACCAUGGACCGUGACAGGGCUCUGCGCCUGCUGAAAGUGUAUCAACUGCCCUCUGGUGUCCAUCUUGUGAAAUGCACAUGGCUAAGCUUGUGUAUUAGUGAGAAGAGACUCCUGGAUGAUGAAGACUACAGCCUUUUAACCAAAAGAAUAAGUUUUUCAGAAUCAAAGCAUGACGGCAAACAAAAGCAAUCAGGACCUGUUGAACAUUGUGCGGAGACAACCACAGAGCCAGAAAGUCAUCUAACCAAGCAAGAGGAGACGAUAGACACAACAAUCCCAGAAGAUAAAGAAGAAGCUCACCGAGAGGAAGAUGGCGUCUCUCAGGACGACCUGGAAGCUCUUCUCACCGGUCAGCACCCUGAAGAGGAGACUCCCGGCUCCGACACAAACUCCGGUCCGGAUGCUGCUGCUGAUGCUCGGAAACCCAUGCCAGGAAAGUGGGUCUGUGCUCAGUCUUCUCAGUCCAAAAGCAAAAACUUCAACAAGCAUAUCACAGACAAGCUGGAAGUGCUGGCCAAGGCCUACACACAUCAAGGAGACAAGUGGAGAGCACUGGGCUACUCCAAGGCUGUCAACGCACUGAAGAGCUACCACAAACCCGUUAAAUCAUAUCAGGAAGCUUGUCAGAUCCCGGGAAUAGGAAAACGCAUGGCGGACAAAAUAGAAGAAAUAAUGGAGAGUGGCCACCUGCGGAAGCUCGAUCACAUUGGAGAGGCCGUGCCUGUCUUGGAGCUUUUCACCAACAUCUGGGGUGCAGGAGCAAAGACGGCACAACUUUGGUACCAACAGGGUUUUCGCACGCUGGAGGACAUCCGAACAAAAGCCCACCCAAGCAACACUCAGAAAAUAGGACUGAAGCACUACGAUGAUUUUCUUGACCGAAUGCCAAGAGAAGAGGCAGCAGCUAUAGAGAAAGUGGUGAAGGAUGCUGUACAUGCUGUCGAUGCCAACCUGGUGGCAAUGGCGUGUGGCUCCUACCGUUGUGGGAAAGCUACAUGCGGAGAUGUGGAUGUGCUCAUCUCUCACCCUGACGGCAAGUCCCACAAAGGAGUUUUCAGUAAAGUGUUACAGAUUCUCCAUGACAGUGGGUUUCUAAAAGAUGAUCUGGUGAGCCACGAGGAGAACGGAGAGCAGAAGAAAUACAUGGGGGUGUGCUGUUUGCCAGGGCCUGGCCGCCGCCACCGCAGGUUGGACGUCAUCGUCGUGCCUUACAACGAGUUUGCCUGCUCGCUCAUGUAUUUCACCGGCUCGGCCCACUUCAACCGCUCAAUGAGAGCACUGGCAAAGACAAAAAAUAUGAGCUUAUCAGAGCACUCUUUAAACAAAGAUGUGGUACGGCAAGGCAGCUUGAAGGUGUAUGGUGGCACCCCGCUUCCCACACCGACAGAGAAGGAUGUUUUCAAUCUUUUAGGGAUACCAUACAGAGCACCUCAAGAAAGGGACUGGUGAUGGUCUCUAAAACAAAUGAAAGGUUUGCUUUUAGAAACGGAGAAACUGGUAUGUUUUUGAUGAAUAAAGAAGCAUGAAUUAUGCAAAAAGAACCAGUCUUAUUAAAAAAAAAAAAAUUGUUGGCAUGUUUUACUUGCUAAUUUAUUUUGCAAAAUAGAAAUCCUGGGUUGUUUAGAAUGAAGAGGAAUGUUUCAACCAUAUUCUGAUGAGGUCUUGCAGUAUUGAUCUCUGAAACUUCACAGCA